AAAGACCAAAUGUGUCUCUUGUGCUCGAAUGUUGCACUGAGCUUUAGUGAUUUGAGAACUCAAAGAACUGAUAACAGUUCGGAAAAACAAACGAAAAUGUUUGGAGCCGCCCGCCCCCUCCGUCGCCAUCUUAUCAAUCACACCGGGAGGUAGCGCCAUUUAAAUCAAACGUUCCCGCGCUCAACUGUGGAGAGAACAAAAACAUGCCUGGGCUCCUGCUCCUCCUGGUCCUGGUCGGCGUGGACGCUGCCCCUCAGCAGCGGCUCCUCCUCGGUGCCCUGGGUCUCUCCGAGCGACCGUUCGCCGGGUCCCGAUCCGGGCGCCGCGACGUCCCUCCGGCCCUCUUGAGGAUCUUCCGGAGGUCGGAGCGCGUCCAGGCCGACGAGGUUGAGGCGUGCACGGUGUCCGAGUACGGCGUGCGUGGCAACAUCAUCAGAUACGUGCAAGACCAAGGUGGUGUCAUUCCAGGUUCUGGCAUGGUGUGCCCAGGCUGCGUGGACCAGCAUCUGUUUUUCAAUCUUGCGGCCCUGGAGUCAUUGGAAGUCUUGUAUCUGGCCCAGUUGCAUGUCCACUUCAUGUCGGCAGCCAGGGUGGCAAGGCUGCUUCAAAGCGGUCCCACCAUCAGUGCUGUUUUGUACAAGGUGGUCCGGCCUACGCUGAAGGGUGCCGACCCUAGGGUCAACCGCCGCCUUCUUCUGUCCCAGUCGGUCCGGCCGGGCCCGGAAGGAGUGUCGGUCACUAUGGAUGUCACGUCACUGGCUGAGUCCUGGCGCCGCCCGGCACGCAAUUACGGUCUGCUUCUGGAACUUCGGCCUCUGGAUACUGACCCGGAUCAGUCCUGGGCGGCGCCAUCCGUGCAGGCCUCUUUGGUGGCAGUGUCGCUCCACCCGCAGCAGUGUCGUUCCCGGCAGAGGAGGAGUGCCACCCGCUCCCAGCCUCCUGUGUCGCCCAGCAACGUUUGCAAAGCCCGCCGCCUCUAUGUGGACUUUAAAGAUGUGGGCUGGCAAGAUUGGAUCAUCGCACCACAAGGCUACAUGGCAAACUACUGCCACGGUGAGUGCCCCUUCCCUCUCAGCGACAGCUUGAACAGCACCAACCACGCCAUCCUGCAGACUCUGGUUCACUCGCUGGAUCCGGGUAGCACCCCUCAACCAUGCUGCGUGCCCGUCCGAUUCUCGCCCAUCUCGAUGCUCUACUAUGACAACAACGACAACGUGGUGCUGCGCCACUACCAGGACAUGGUGGUGGACGAAUGCGGAUGUCGUUGACCAAAGCCUCCCAGGGCUCUCUGCAAUUUGUCAAUUGCCUGAUUUUAA